UAUUGUGAAAUAAAUACCGCAGCCUUUGUUUGUUUCGCGGUUGAUGAUUAUGCCGGAAAGGCACAACAUAAAAUGUUUCACCAAAUUAGAAGAGCACGACUACACCGUUCAAUCCCCGUUGUUGGGUUUAGUCGGCUUCAGAAUCCCGAGGAACCACAAGACUGCUUGCUGACUUGACAGCUGGGCAAAUCUCGGGGAGGCCGCGGGGGGUCGCUGUGGCGCGGAAGCUUGCCACUGCUUAAGCGGAAGUGACGUAUAAAUAUCGCGACUCAUAUCGCUGCCCGCGAGCGCUUUUCUAAAGUGCAACGGACGAAUCGGCGCUGAGCGGACUGAAGCCUCGACCUUUUUUUUUGUUUAUUCGUCGUCGUCCAGGACAAUUUGGCGUCAGGUCAAACUCGCCUCGGCGUAUUUUGAAGCUUCUCAAAUGAGCUUGGCGUAGCUUAGCCGGCAAGCCGCUAACGCAGCGCCGCCUCGCUCGGCGUGAGUUUCAAGCGUCGCCUUCAUCGCGGCGAAAUGUGUGCGAAAAGCGUGAAAGAGGAAGAGUACGAGGAGGAGGUUUGUGCGAUUAAAGAGGAGAAGGAGCCGCAGCUCCUGGACGCUCAGGCCGCGCUCCACGCAGCAGACAGGAAGCGAGCGCGUUCUUCUGACAUGUGGGAGCACUUCAGCCUCAUCACUCCCGACAAGGUCCAGUGCUCGGCGUGUUCGGCGGAACUCAAGUAUCACGGCAACACGUCCUCCAUGGUGCGGCACUUUGCGGCCAAGCACGGCCCCGCUCUCAAACAGAGCAACGCCACGGGCCGGAAGCAAGCGCUGGACGAAGCGCUGGUCAAUCUGGUGGUGAAAGACUGGCAGCCCUUUUCCAUCGUGGACGAUUGCGGCUUCAGGGCGCUGGUGGCCUCGCUGGAUCCCGCCUACGCGCUUCCGUCCAGGCGGGCCCUGAAGAAGAUGGUGGCGGAGAAAUACGAGGAGGAGAAGAGCAGGGCCAAGGCGGCGGUGGCCGGCGCCGAGGCGGUCAGCCUGAGCGCCGAGACGUGGGGCUCGGCGGGGGCGGAGGCCCGCGUGGCGCUGACCUGCCACUUCCUGGACGACUCCAUGCGAGCGGCCACGGCGCCGCUGGGCGUGCUGCCGCUGCCCGAAGCGCACACCUCGGCUCACGUGGGCGAGCGCCUGACCUCGCUGCUGGAGGAGUGGGCCAUCGGGGGCAAAGUCACCUCGGUGGUGACGGACGCCGCCCCCCAGAUGGCGGCCUGCGUCGGCCAGCUCAACCUCAGGCACGUGCUGUGCUUCGCCCGCUCGCUCCAUCUGGUGGUGACGAAGUCGCUGGACGCCACGGCGGGCCUGCGGGAGCUGCGCGGCAGGGCGCGGCGGCUGGUGGCCCUGUUCAAGAGCAGCGCCGCCGCGCAGGAGAAGCUGCGGCAGGCGCAGGCGCGGAUGUGUCGCCCCGCCGCCCCGCUGCUCCAGGAGGCGGAGGCGCGCUGGACCAGCACCUUCCUCAUGCUCCAGCGCCUGUGCCAGGAGCGGCGCUGCCUGGAGGCGGCGCUGGCGGCGCUGGGGACGGACGCCGACGCCGCCGCCGCCCUCUCCCCGCAGGACGACGAGACGGCGGCCGCCUGCCUGCGCCUGCUGGCGCCCUUCUACGAGGCCGCCGUGGAGAUGUCGCAGGAGAAGAGGCUGGCGGGCUCCAAGGUCAUCCCCAUCACCAAAAUGCUCCUGCUGCACCUGUACGAGAGCAACGGCAAAACCGCGCAGCCCACGGCCAAGCGGCUGGGCCACAACUUGGUGUCGGCCAUGCACGAGACCUUCGACACGCUGGAAAGCCAGACGGCGCUGACGCUUUCCACGCUGCUGGAUCCCAGAUUCAAGACCUUCGGCUUCUACAAUCAGGCGCAGGCGCAGACCUCCGUCAAGCGGCUGGCCGCCCAGUGCUCGCAGCUGAUGGUGUACUCGCCGCCCGGCACGCCCGCCGAAGAGCGGGCCUCCGCCUGCGUGGAGGCGCCGCCGUCGCCGACGGCCACAGGCGUGGACCUUUGGAAAAGUCUGGACCGAGACGCUUCGGAAGCCAUGAGGUGGUCCAGGAACGCCUCGGUGGACGCCAUGGCCGAAGUGCAGCGCUACAUGAGCGACCCGCCUCUGGGGAGGGCCGAGGACCCGCUGGCUUACUGGCUCAGCCACCAAAACGUUUACCCGCAUCUCUUCCGCUUGGCCAAACAUUUCCUCUGCACGCCCGCGUCCUCCGUUCCUUGCGAGCGAGUCUUCUCCAAAUGCGGGGAAGAGCUGAGCAAAAAGAGGAACCGACUCAGUCCCAAAUGUGUGGAAAUGAUCAUGUACCUCAAUAAAAGCCUUUGAGCG